UACCAGCCCAGUUCUUCCUAUCCUUGCCUAGCUAGGGCUGGUGUUUCCGCACCCCGUCGUGGACAGUGGCUGCUGAGUGGCCGCUCUGUGUUCGGGUCGUCAUGGCUGGUUACGAAUACGUGAGCCCGGAGCAACUGGCUGGCUUUGAUAAGUACAAGUACAGUGCUGUGGAUUCCAAUCCCCUCUCUCUGUAUGUCAUGCAUCCGUUUUGGAACACUGUGGUAAAGGUAUUUCCUACUUGGCUGGCUCCAAAUCUGAUAACCUUUUCUGGCUUUCUGCUGGUUGUAUUCAAUUUCCUGCUUAUGGCAUACUUUGACCCUGACUUUUAUGCUUCAGCACCAGGCCACAAGCAUGUGCCCGACUGGGUCUGGAUUGUAGUGGGCAUCCUCAACUUCGUAGCCUACACUUUAGACGGUGUGGAUGGAAAGCAAGCCCGCAGAACCAAUUCCAGCACCCCCUUAGGGGAACUUUUUGACCAUGGCCUGGACAGUUGGUCAUGUGUUUACUUUGUUGUGACUGUGUAUUCCAUCUUUGGACGAGGAUCAUCUGGUGUCAGUGUUUUCGUUCUUUAUCUGCUGCUGUGGGUUGUUUUGUUCUCUUUUAUCCUGUCCCACUGGGAAAAGUAUAACACAGGGGUUCUCUUCCUGCCGUGGGGAUAUGACAUUAGCCAGGUGACUGUUUCUUUUGUCUACAUAGUGACUGCGAUUGUGGGAGUUGAGGCCUGGUAUGAACCUUUCCUGUUUAAUUUCUUAUAUAGAGACCUAUUCACUGCAAUGAUUAUUGGUUGUGCGUUAUUUGUGACUCUUCCAAUGAGUUUAUUCAACUUCUACAAAAGCUACAGAAAUAACACCUUGAAACACAGUUCAGUCUAUGAAGCCAUGGUUCCCAUCUUUUCUCCGUGUCUGCUGUUCACUUUGUGUACAGUGUGGAUCCUGCAGUCGCCUUCGGAUAUCUUAGAGCUACACCCGAGGCUGUUCUACUUCAUGGUCGGCACGGCCUUUGCCAAUAGCACAUGUCAGUUGAUUGUUUGUCAGAUGAGCAGUACGAGGUGUCCAACUCUGAGCUGGUUGCUGGCCCCUCUCCUCCUGGUCGUCAUGGUGGUAACCCUGGGAGUCUCUGCGUACACUGAGAGCCUUCUCCUGUAUGCACUAACAGCUGUUUGCACUCUGGCGCACAUCCAUUAUGGAGUACGAGUGGUAAAGCAACUGAGCGACCAUUUUCAGAUUUACCCCUUCUCAUUGAGGAAGCCAAACUCAGAUUGACUAGGAAUGGAAGAAACAAAUGUUGGCCUGUAGUCUACAGAGAGAAGUACUGUAAAUAAGAUGCUUGUAAAUAUUUCAUCCAUCACCUUCGAACUAAACUGAUCUGUUUAACAGACAUGGGAACUCUGCGUGUGGUACUUGAACAGCAGGAAUGGUACACAUCAUCUGAAACGCGGGAUUUCGAACCUACUAACUCCCAGCUUGUUUUAUUUUUUUAUAAAACCAUGUGAUGUUUCGGUUAAGCAUAAUGUACAUUAGACCAGCAAAAUGUUUCUAGUGAUUUUAGCUUCAUGAGUCCAUAAUGUUUUGGUUCAUACAGAGUUAAAGAUGCUUUAUUUUUAUUAUUUUCAAAGCCCACAAAUUGGUUUAGAGCACUGAUAACGUUCAGAAAACCACAAUAUGUUUUCAUGUUUGGUACUUAGUAGUUGUGCUCGGUUGCUAGCGAUGGAAGCCAUCAGUAGUCCACAUCUAAGGUAGGGAAAAGGUAAGGGCAAGUCACCUUCAGCGACAGAUGCCAAAUGAUUACAGAACAGUGUACAGGUUUGCCAAAUACUGGUUCCUCUUUCCCAUGGAAAUGCCCUUGUCCUCAUGUGCUAAGAGAACUAGUAUAUAUAUAUUCAGAUUCUCUAGUAUUCUGGCUCUCUUAGUUAUGGAACUGAGCUUGGUAAAUGGUUUGGUUUUCUUUUAAAGAAACAGUCUAUUGAGACUCAGUAGAGAGUGGAUUGUAAUUACAGCUCACCCGUUGGCACGGUCCAUUGUUGGAAUGUGGCAUUCCACCCCCUCGCUCCCCUCAGCUGCACGUUGCUGAGAUUUGGUGCCUGUGAACCACGAUUAAAUGAAUGCACGUGACUGCGUGAUUCUUACGGUAGUUACUUGUGAGGAACGCAGGUGAGCUUUCUUACUAGAGAACGUGACUCCGGAGUACGAAUCUCACGAACCUCGCUAUGAAAUUACUACUGUGAACCUCACUGCAAAAUUCGUUUUCUGACUCAGUUUGUCCUUCCUGUCUGCCUUGCACUCUCUCUCCCUCUGUCUCUUUUUUUGUGGAGGAGAGAGUGCUGUGGUUUCUUAAAAUUUCAUUCAGGAUAAAGAAGUAGAGAGGAAUUCUCUCUUCCCCAGCUUGCCCACCUCCCCACUUGAAGAAAAUUUUAUAUGUAUGCCUUACUGAGUACUCGGUCUCUUUAAUAUAACUCGGAGUAAUUUUUGAGGUUUACUGACAAACAUCAAAAUCCCUUUGAUUUUAAUGUGGUUGUUUUAAAGAUCACACCUUGUCAUGAAUGUAGAUAUUUUCUUCUGUUUCUUUUUGACUUUGUCUCCAUUUACUUUGGUGGUGGUGAAACUUCCUUUUUUAAAAAUUUCCACUGAAUUAAGUUUGUGCUUGAAUGAAGAGUGUGUCUUAAACCCUUUUUUUGGAUGGAUUGCACUUGGAUAAAAUAGGCACCCCUGUGUUGCUCUGUAAUUAAAUUCAUAACCAUUAUUUAUCUGUGAAUGUGACCAUUUUAAAAUUUAAUUCUAAUGUAUUCCUUUGUUGAAUUUCUGUCUGCUGCUUUGUAAAAAUAACUACGUAAUUGAUAUUUCAAUUUUUAAAUGUGUAAAUCUAAUAAUUGUCACCUAGGUUUGUAGAAAUGAGUCAAGGAGCUAACUCAUGGUUCUGUACUCAUUUUAAAAAAUGUCUGUAAAGGUCAAGGUCUAUUCAGCGACUUUCUGUGAGACACAGACGAUCCCUGAAAACAGGUGCGAAGCUGAUGCCGGGCAUGGGGGCAGCGAUUCUGCGUUCGCUGCGGAGGUGCCUCGCAGAGGCUGGGGAGCGACUCGGUUCAGGGAGGACAGCGCUGUGGUUUGUGCGCCUUGUUCUGUGGCGUCCGUGAAACUGAACUGGACGAAGGGUUCGUUUGGUCUGGGAGCAGAGCUUCUUUUUAGGGUUUCUAGGCUAAUCAUUUUACUGUUCUGUUGCCCUUGUACAAAAGAAUGAAAUUAAUCUGCAUGAUAGAGGAAAGGAACUGCUAAAUAUUUACGAAAUGACUCAUUUGGACCACAGGAUUUCUUCACCUUUAGUAGUAUAGUAAGAAAAUACUUCUUCUGGCAAAAGGCCAUGUCCUGUAAUUUUGGGGCUUUUACCUCGAAGUGUGUUUCCGCUCUCUUUCUGUUGCAUCAGGUUUAUUUGAAAAUUGUUUUGUGGCUACACUUCACAACUUACUUCCCCACGGUGGUAAAGAAUUAUGCCCAUAGUCAGUUCUGUUGACACCCUCAGAUGAAAGGAAGGUGGUGGUCAACGAGGUGGGCGUGGAACUGGGUGACUGACUGUUUUGGAACACCGUGACCUUGUGCAGUGACCUUGUGCAUCGGUACUGUGCCGCUGACUCUUGUUCCUGGUCUAGUCCAUUCCUGGUCUAGUCCGCUGUCUCGAAGUGCAUCUUGGAGGCGCCCCUUCAUUCUGUAGUGAUGGGGCGCCUGGAGCAGGACUGGAUUACAGAUUGCUGUUCAUUCAUGCCAUGCCAAUUACCGUAACAUUUCCAAAGUAUAGAAGCUACUCCAGGCUUACGCGUGAUAUUUUGGGGUGAGCUCACACCUCAGCCUUUCCCCCAGCAUACACUGAGCUGCCUUUUGGGGGAUGGUUGGUCACCCGUACACGUUUUCUGUACCUUUCAGAAUAGUGCCUUAGCCAGGCCGGAGGUUCGCGUUGUGUCUCUGCUGACCAAAGUUUCCUGGACCUGUAAGAGAAGCUUCUUUUCAGGUUAGGGUAUGAAAAAUGUCCUUUCUUCCUUGUCAGGAAGUAAUUCCUCUAUAUUUGAGGGGGCACGGGAUAGAAAAAGCUGAAAAUACCCAAAUAGAAUGUAUUAAUGUUGCCUUUUAUGGUCCUUUAAUGGCAUGAUCUUAGUGCAGUGCACAUUGUAAAAUCAUUACUGGGUUUUGAUUCCUCCACUCAUAAGGAAUAAAUAUAGUUUAUGGGUUUUGGUCUAAAGGGUAAUAGAAUGAGUAACUUCCAAAUAAACUAAAUAGUGUUCCUUGAUAUUUAAUAAUAUCAUGGUUGACAUACUUCCAAUUCCAAUUAAAAUGAAAGUUAAAUGCUGAUUAUGGUCUAGAAUGUUAUAGCGCUACUAGCACCAUGCCAUUUAUCUUCAUGGAGAGAGAGCUAUUGGGAAGAGUUGCCCAAAUUCUAAAUUAAAUGCCAAAAGAGUAUGGAUCAUGACCUGGGGCCUGGGCAGCGGGCAGACAUGCAGAGGCAGAAGCGCCGUAGCAUCUACUUGAAGAGGAAGGGAUCGCCUCAGGCCUGAUGCCCACAGGGCCCCGUGAUUUAAAGUGAUGCACAGUUUAACGUGGCCACACCUGAGCUCACCAUCCCUCUACUAAGUUCAAAUUCAAAGUUUCUUAAGUGUUUAAUUUUCAAAGAGUUAGUUUAUUUUAUAGUCAGGCAUAAAGCUUUUGGAAUGUACCUUGCUUUCCAAAGGAGACCCUGAAGCUGUAACCUGUGGAGAAUGAAAAGGUCAUCUGAAGGUGUUUGAGUGGAAGCCCACUUUCCCCCUCACGUUUUCACUAGAAGUCUGUCUGUAACCCUUCCUAGUCCGUCUUCACCUGGGUUUCAUCUCCACCAGCCGCCGCCCAGGACAGGGACGCCCGCUUGCUGUGUUGCUCUUCGGCUUCCCCGCAUUCAGAUCUCCUUGAUGGCCUUGGAUGUCUUGUCUGGUCAAGGACCGGGACUGUGCCAGAGGGAGCAGAGCACACCUGGUGGGCUGGAACUUUGGACUUGGGGUCCCCAAAUAAGCCAAAAAACAGAUACAGAUAUCUUUGGUGGUGUCGAUUCCUGCGUUCAGGGUGGCCUUUACCCUGACUUCAGUUCCGGACUUGACUGAGCUCUCUGUAAGAAAUCUGUGAAGUCACUCUAGCAUUCUCUUUGUCCUACAAGGUUUCUUAGUAAGACAGCAUGCUCUUUCAUGAACACCUUGUGGCUGCAUAACCUUGUGGCUGCCUGUGCUAGAACCUUCCAGGAAUUUUAACUCGUAUGCUGCAUUUGAAGCACUUUCACAUGUACACAUAAAAAGGACAGUUUUAACAAUAAAAUGAUGUUAAGUUAAUCACUGUGAAACUUGAAAGUGUGAUGCUUGGCAUUUUAGGAAGCUUAAGUUCUGAUUUUCCUUUAUUAAUUAUGAAACCCACAUGAUUUAUAUAUUUUACUUUUCAUCUUUGAAGUGGUACAAAUGACUGACAUAUUACUGGCAGGCAGCUACUUUUAGGGCAUAUUGUAAAUCAUGGUGGUCUAACUUUCCCGGCGAAAGUGGCGACGUGUUUACUUCUUCCUUGCGUGGAGCCACGAGAAUUAGAUUUACUGGCUGACUCACUUCCAGUGUUUCUGCAGUGCAAAGUAAAUGUAACCUUGCUUUUUCACUUGCAUGCUAGUAAUAUGCUUUGCUUUUUAGUAAACAGAUAUGCAAGAAAUAGUAAUCUGGCUGAUUUUUAUUUUUUAUUUUUUUUAAGCAGGGACCUGCUCUUUUUACAGAUAGACCUUUAAAAAGCUAAUACUUAGGACAGCAAGAGCAGGGCUGCCGGUGGCGGCCCCCUCGCAGGUGGCCCGUUGCGUUUGGUCGGGAGGGCCAGGUUCCUAGAACUGGAAAGUGGCACGUGCACUGAUGUUAGAAUAUCCCAGUAGGGGCUUGUCUGCUAGGGAAAGUCCCGUUGAUACAACAGGAUGUCUGGUUUUCCACACACUGUUCAUCUUGCCUUACUUGUCACAGAAUCAUUCUUCGAAAGCCAGGGUAAAUCAGCAGGGUGCUGUUCGAGAGCGUGUGAGUCGGACCACGGCCCCAGCAUGCUUAGCGCCCCGUGGAAAUCAGACGCAGGUCUGAAGACACGGGGAGAGGCGAAGUGCUCUGGGUGCCUUGUGGCUCUGUGGCUGUGGUCUUCUCUAGGGCCGUGUGUAUGGGUAACAAUUAGAAUUAAUUUUUUCAGUUAAAAUAUACACAGUUCUCCAUGAAUUCUAGAUUUUGGUCUUUUAAAAAAAAUUUUUAAAUUUAUUUUUAGAAGGAAAGGGAGAGAAACAUGGGAGAAAUACAUUGACCAGUUGCCUCUCACACGCCCCCAACUGGGGACCUGGCCCACAACCCAGGCGCGUGCCCUGACCAGGAAUUGAACCAGCAACCUUUGGUUCAUAAGCCGGCGCUCAAUCCACUGAGCCACACAAGCCAGGGCUAUAUUCUGGAAUUCUUGACAAGUACUUUUUGUUAUCUAAAAAAAUAAGCUCUUGACGAGGAACAUGUUUAGUUAGAACUUGAUGUUAUUAAUCAGGAGCCUGUUUCAAUUUUACAGGAUGUAUGAAUGCUGCAUUAUAAAUCUGUUUAAAAUACUGGUAUCAUUCAGUAUCAGACUUUGAGUUUAAUAACUACUAUUAAGACUUCACACACACAUACACGCAACUGACCACAAUAUUAACAUUUUUUGUAGGAUAUUUUGUUUAGAUAACUUACUCCGUUAGAACAGCCAUUCAGGAGACAAAGACCCAGCUGCAGGUGUUAUUUACUCGUUCUGAAAUGUGCCAAGAAAGCAGAAUUUAGUAUUAAACUCCAAACUUCAGCUGUAGCAUUUCCCCUGGGGGGAGGGGAAGGCAGCGGAUACUUGCCGAGGUAUAGAGGUGUAGAUGCCCUGCUGCCCUCUUUUCCCCUUCGUCUCCCAUCCACUAGAAUGGGUUUGUAGCCAACCGUAGAGAAAGAAUCGUAUCCUUUUCUGAGUGAGGUUACAUACCCUGUGACCAGGUGGCAGGAAUCAUGGCUGAAUCCAUUAUUGAGUUGUUUAGCUUGGUCCUGCUGCUGUUUGCUUUCGGUAGUAUUCUGGAAUAAAAGGACAAUUCCAUCCCUUCUCAGGUACCUAGAAACAAUACCACUCCAGCAACUGGAAUAUAUUUGCUACAAGUAGAAUAUAUCAGAGAAGAAGAUGAAGAGGAGCACAAAAUCUUAUUUUUCCCUUCCAAGUAGUUGAAUUGAACCUGUUAGUAAUCGGUCUGUCUAGGACUUGCUGUGUUCAGAGUGAAUAACGUAGCAUUUGUUUUGUCUGGUCCUGUGCGGUGUGUGUGUGGAUACACAUCGAAUAUGUACACAUCUGUUCUCUGUGCAUAUAUGUGUAUGAUGUAUUCGUAUGUACAUGCAGUCUCCUCUUGAUUAUCAGCGAAGUGGUGCGCCCUCCCUGCACGUUCCCCAGGUUGGCGUGACCUGCGUGUAGCCCUUAACUCUGCGGAGCCUCUUCCUCAUCUGCACCCACAGCCUUUCUUGCUUCGAGCUCAUCUCAGUCCCCGGGAAAGGCCCUUGAGAUAAGUCCUGUUCCAUUGCCCUUUCACCGGGGAUUGUGUGAGCCAGAAGGACGGCUUUUGGGAGAGACGGCUGCUUCCAGCGGGGCGGGGGCCUCUGGGUCUGAAGGUGCUGGGGGCCCGUUCGCGGCCCGAAGGCAGCUCUGGGAGCCACUCUGCUCCCAGGUUCGGUGGGGGGAGAAGUCGAGCUCUCGCAGCAGUGGGGCAUCACAACCUUGCUUAAAUGCCGUAGCUGGAAUGUGGCGAGAUCUUAGAUGUGUCUUUGAUGGACAGGUAGAGUACGGCCAUGUAUUUUACCGGUACUCCCGCGUCAUCGGUAUUGCUGUUCCCCGUCACUAGCCCAGAUAAUCAAGAGCCGACUGUUUCUUGCCACUGGAUUCCGGGAGCCUUGUCCUUUCAACUGGAUUUAUGUUUAUUUCUGCUGCUGUGAAACCCAAAAGUAAUGCAGUAGGUUUUAAUUUAAAAUCGUUUAAUUCUAUUAUUGAUAAAUAUUUAUUGUAAUAAAAAGUAAAGAGUAAAUAAUUUUUAAAUCCU